AUGUGUCGUAUCACUAUGUGUCGUAUCACCAUGUGUCAUAUCACCAUGUGUCGUAUCACCAUGUGUCGUAUCACCAUGUGUCCUGUCACCAUGUGUCGUAUCACCAUGUGUCGUAUCACCAUGUGUCCUGUCACCAUGUGUCCUAUCACUAUGUGUCGUAUCACUAUGUGUCGUAUCACCAUGUGUCGUAGCACUAUGUGUCGUAUCACUAUGUGUCGUAUCACCAUGUGUCGUAUCACCAUGUGUCGUAUCACCAUGUGUCGUAUCACCAUGUGUCGUAUCACCAUGUGUCGUAUCACCAUGUGUCGUAUCACCAUGUGUCGUAGCACUAUGUGUCGUAUCACUAUGUGUCGUAUCACCAUGUGUCAUAUCACCAUGUGUCGUAUCACCAUGUGUCGUAUCACCAUGUGUCGUAUCACCAUGUGUCGUAUCACCAUGUGUCGUAUCACCAUGUGUCGUAUCACCAUGUGUCGUAUCACCAUGUGUCGUAGCACUAUGUGUCGCAUCACUAUGUGUCGUAUCACCAUGUGUCCUGUCACCAUGUGUCCUAUCACUAUGUGUCGUAUCACCAUGUGUCGUAUCACCAUGUGUCGUAGCACUAUGUGUCGUAUCACUAUGUGUCGUAUCACCAUGUGUCGUAUCACCAUGUGUCCUGUCACCAUGUGUCCUAUCACCCUGUGUUGUAUCACUAUGUGUCGUAUCACCAUGUGUCGUAGCACUAUGUGUCGUAUCACUAUGUGUCGUAUCACCAUGUGUCGUAUCACCAUGUGUCCUGUGUUGUAUUUAUAA